GCGUGUGCGUGUGCGUGUGCGUGUGCGUGUGCGUGUGUGUGUCAAAAUGAAAACGCAACAGGCUCAACUGUCAUUUGUGUCUGCGACUUACCGUGAAAAGACUCCACAUCUCUUCUCUCUCUGUCACGUCCAUUUCCCCCACGACCGGUGACUACAACAACGCCGACAAGAUGUCUCAGAAGGCAUUGGACGUGCUGUCUAGCCGGGGGAAGGUGCUGACUUUGGACACCAUGAACCCGAAUGUGAAGAAGGUGGAAUAUGCGGUCCGGGGGCCCAUCGUUCAGCGCGCGAUGCAGCUGGAGAAGGAGAUCAAAGCGGGUGUCAAGAAACCUUUCACUGAAGUCAUCAAGGCCAACAUAGGGGACGCCCAUGCAAUGGGCCAGACACCAAUUACAUUUUUCAGACAGGUUCUGGCCCUGUGUGCUUACCCUGAGCUCCUAAAGGACAAUGUAUUUCCAGAGGAUGCCAAGCAAAGGGCACGGCGCAUUCUGGAGGCCUGUGGAGGCCACAGUUUAGGGGCCUACAGUGCCAGCCAAGGUAUCGAGUGCAUCCGUCACGAUGUGGCACGCUACAUCGAGAAAAGAGAUGGCGGAAUUCCAUCCAACCCGGACAAUAUCUUCCUCUCCACCGGUGCCAGCGAUGCCAUUGUGACCAUGCUGAAGUUGAUGGUGUGCGGGGAAGGCCGAACCCGCACGGGAGUCAUGAUCUCCAUUCCCCAGUACCCUCUGUACUCGGCCGCCAUCGCGGACCUGGGUGCUGUGCAGGUCAGCUACUACCUGGACGAGGACAAGUGUUGGAGCCUGGAUGUGGCGGAGCUUCGCAGGGCCCUGGUCGCAGCCAGGGAGCACUGCACUCCUCGGGUGCUCUGCAUCAUCAACCCAGGAAACCCCACUGGUCAGGUCCAGAGCAGGCAGUGUAUUGAAGACGUGAUCCGUUUUGCGAAAGAGGAGCAUCUCUUCCUUAUGGCCGAUGAAGUCUACCAAGACAAUGUGUACGCAAAAGGCUGUCAGUUUCACUCCUUUAAGAAGGUACUUUUUGAGAUGGGACCAGAGUACUCGAGUACAGUCGAGAUGGCCUCCUUCCAUUCCACCUCCAAAUGCUACAUGGGGGAGUGCGGCUUCCGUGGGGGAUAUAUGGAAAUAAUUAACAUCGAUCCGGAAGUGAAGGCCCAACUCAUCAAACUGGUUUCAGUGCGCUUGUGCCCACCCGUCCCCGGACAGGCUCUACUCGACUUGGUGGUGAAUCCCCCGCAGCCUGACGAGCCUUCCUACACCACCUUUAUGAAGGAACGGACGGCAGUGUUGGACACUUUGGCAGAUAAGGCAAGGCUGACUGAGCAGAUCUUCAACACGGUACCUGGCAUCACCUGCAACCCCGUGCAGGGUGCCAUGUACACCUUCCCCCGCAUCACUCUACCGCAGAAGGCCAUCGACAAGGCCAAGGAGGAAGGCCAGGUUCCUGACAUGUAUUACUGCAUGAGGCUGUUGGAAGAAGAGGGCAUCUGCCUUGUGCCAGGCAGCGGCUUUGGGCAAAGAGAGGGAACGUAUCACUUCAGGAUGACGAUCUUACCGCCCACAGAGAAGUUGAAGGUGGUGCUGCAAAAGAUCAGCGCCUUCCACCAGAACUUCACUAACGAGUUUUCUUAACCGUCAACCGACACAGCGCUCGCUUCUGUAAAAGUGCCUUUUGAUAUGAAAUUAGCAACUUUUUAGUCGCAUGUUUUUUAAAGCAUGGCAUGUAAUGAUUCAGUGAAUGAUGCACUUUGCUGGCCAGAUUUUAGUACUAAUCUAACCGUCCUACUUACUAACGCUGCUAUAAAAGCUCAUACAGAUGAAACUCAUAAAAUGUGAAUAUAGUGCUAAUAUUCAUUCUUGUCAGCAAUUCAACUUCAAAUGUGAUAAUCUUAUUACGUGAGAUAAAGCAAGCCUGUUAUAAUUUUGAUGAUCAUGCCUUAGGAUAGGUUGAUUGGCAACACUAAAUUGGCCCUAGUGUGUGAAUGUUGUCUGUGUUGGCACUGCGAUGAGGUGGCGACUUGUCCAGGGUGUACCCCGCCUUCCGCCCAAAUGCAGCUGAGAUAGGCUCCAGCACCACCCACCACCCCAAAAGGGCCAAGCGUUAGAAGAUGAAUGGAUGCCUAUAGUUUUUGAAAAACCCAACAUUUCUUGAGAUUUUCAUAAGCUGUAAGCCAUAAUAAUCAAAAGGCUGGAAUUAUCUGGAGUUGCAUGUUAUGAGUCAUGCCAUAUUAGUUUCAACUCGUAAACGUAAUUGCUGGAGUAUAACCUUUUUGUGCAAUAUUCAAAUGUUGGGUUUCCACCUGUAUACAUCUUCCUGCUAAUAGGCUAAGUACACAGACACUUCUUUAGUCAAACACAGCUGGUUGACUCCAACUUACAAAAUAAUGUCAAGCACUUUAAAUUGUUGCCAUUAAAAAGCAUACAUGUUCAA